CAUGCAGCAAACAGCAUACAGUAAAACAACAGCCGGAAUAAGACCUUGUUUGAGAACAAGCAAGUUGAUCGUACUGUAGCAUCACCCACUACUGUAUCGGUGGAAGAGGCAGAUUAUUUAUUUGAGAAUAGGAUGGGGAUCAAUGGCAGUGAAGAAGAAGAGACGGCCGUAGGGUCCAUGAUGGCCCCGUCCAGCAACAGUCACACCACAGAACCCAAUGGAGUCGAUUUCAAGCGAGAACAAGGGGAAGAACUAAAGGUCGUGGGAACGACGAAAGAGGUAGAGUCCUCCACAAGAACCAUCACUGCCACUACCAUCAGCAUGAACAGCAACAGCAACAGCAGCAGUGCCCACAGUGGCGCAAGCAAAAGAGCCACUGCCACUACUAGUCGUCAUGAUGAUGCGGAUGAAGAAAUCAAACGACGAGCUCGUCGUGGACGAUCACCUAGACAAGUUGCGACGGCCACUCUCACUGCUGUGGAUAGUACCAGUACUCGCAAAGAAUCUCCCAAACGAAUCGUAUCGGCAGUCAAGCCGCCAUCAGAGCCAGCUCCAAUUGUCCGAACCCGAAAACAGAAACCGCAUGCCCAUUCCCAUCCAUCCGACAAGACUCCCAAGAAGCGUGAAGCAAGCAAAGAGCAGUUCAGAGGUCGAUCGCCCCCUCGACCAGCUUCCGCGAGAACCCUCACACAGGAGGACGGUCACUCGUCAUUCAACGGUCACUCGUCAUUCCACCUGGAACCAUCUCCCAUCGUUCGAACUCGCGAAAAGAGCCCGUUCCGUCAUACCGUACCAGAGCCUACUAGUAAUGCAUCCGAACGACAAAACGACGAAAAUGUUCGCUCCAAGGUCAUGUCCCAAAGUUUGUCACCUGCCCGAGAAGACAGCUUGAGAUUGUUCAACGAAUUUGUCCUACAAGAACCCGACAGUGCCGCGCUGUCAUGCUCGUUUUCCGUCUUUUCUGCGUCCUCUACUUCGGGCAUGGAUUUUGCGUCUUUGGCAUCAGCAGACAAACGCAACAACAGCUCCACUGCCGUAUCCGCAUCCACAGUUCCGGAACCACCACCACUAACCACAAACAGCUCCCAAACGUUUCGGUCCAAACAACACACGAGUGCUUCUCGUGCAUCUUCUCAUGCUCGAAUACUUCGCACCGCCCGAAAAUCUAAAGGAUUGAGUAACAACAGUAACAACGGCAAUGAUCCGCAACCCACAAUGUACGUACGAAGCCUUUCUCCGGUACGGAAAAGUCCACUCCGUCAUACCGUGCCAGAGCCUACUACCGGUACUUGUACUUCGGCAAGUAAUGAUAAUUCAUCCGAACAACAACAAAAUGAUAACAAUCUUCGCUCCAGUCAAAGCUUGUCGCCCAAACGAGAAGACAGCUUGAGACGGUUCAACGAAUUUGUUCUACAAGAACCGGACAGUCCUGCGCUUUCAUCCUCGUUUUCCGCAUUUUCAGCCUCCUGUACUUCGAUGGAUUUUGCGUCCUUGGCAUCACCGCCGUCACCAGACAAACAACGCAACAACAGCUCCAAAGCUACCAUUCCGGAACCACCACCACUAACAACCGCAAGCAACUCCCAAACGUUUCGGGCCAAAUCGUCGUCAAUGGAGGGGCCACGACGAAUGAAACACAAAAGUGCUUCUCCGUCAUCUUCUCAUGCUCGAAUACGCCGCACCGCCCGAAAAUCAAAGGGAUUGAGUAACAACAGUAACGGCAAUGGCAAUGAGCAAUCCGCCAUGUACGUACGAAGCCUCUCCCCGGUACGUAGAAGACGAUUCCAGGGAUACGCACCCAACAAUGAUUCCAAAUCGACCAUUCAGAGUCAGUCCGGGGUGUUUUCCAUCGAUGGUAGUUCCCAUUCCACAGGCAUGGAUUCCGCUGCAUUUUCCGUCAACAGUUCCGCUGCGUUCUCCGUCAAUAGUUCCGCCACCGCAUCCAGUGGGUCGCGACGAGGAUUGCGAAAUCGAUCCGUAUCGCCGACUGCCGCGGCACCACGAAUGCCUUCUACGCGGCGUAUGAAAACCACGGGAGGUCUGCGAAACGGCAACCAAUCGUCCUAUCACGAAAAAUUAAAGGCAUUUGGGGUUUCGUCGUCAGUCACCCCGGGUGCCAUGCGAGGAGGAGGCAAUAACAACAACAACAACAACAACAUGGACAAUAAUAAUAAUUCCAGAACCAGGUCUCCAACACGAGGGCUAUCGCCCACCGGAUUGCGCAACUCGCAUGCGACAAUCGAAAGCAAACGGAGACUGUUUGGCGGUGCGAGCGCAAGAAUGGAUGUGUCAACCUUAUCCAUGGGGUUGGAUUCGUUGGACGGUAAUAAUAAUGAUGAUGAUGAUGUCGAUUUAGAAAAGGGGAAGAAUGCUCUGUCCAUGGCACCAGAGGGGAAAAUGAGACCAGUGGGGCCGAGAAAUUUAAAGCAACAACCCGCAACGAAUUAUGAUCCGGCGCUUCAAAAGAGUCGAAAGGGACUCCGGCAGCCAAGGGGUGCACAAUAUCAGCUGCCGCCACAACUGGAAUCGGCACCAGGUGCCCAUCGCUAUUCACCAGUUCCAUUUGGUAAAGAAGAUAAUUUCGAAGACGAAUCUGGAUUGGCGGCAAUGGAAUCGGCCCGUAGCUUGUCGUCCGCAAAGGAACCAAGCAUUCGCAAGGUGCAGACAAUCGAUUUGCCUGCUGGCAACAAAGAUGGCAGCUAUCGCAAGCUUCAAACAGUACAAGCAAGGGAUUCUGUGCGCGACGCAGGAUUGGUAGAAGCGAGAUUGGUGGAGGAUUCAGAAUCCGAACACUUGCCGGUGGCAUUUGACGCGGAUGAAUAUGUCCCACCAUCGGAAGAAGUAGUGGCAGCAAGGAAGAUGAACAGAAUGGUCUUGUUGGCCAAUGGCUUGGGGUGCUUCUGUCUGAUCUUGACCAUAGUGUCCUUUGUGGCAAUGCACAUUGCUGGAGUCUUUCGUAGCCCAAUCGAAGUGACACUGUCACCAUCGUGGGCUCCAUCAACAAUGCCAUCGCCUGCUCCUACACCAUAUUUGAUUCCUCUACCAGAAGAAACAGGACAAACCAUUCUUGCCAAUCCACAAUCACCACAAGCCAAAGCAUAUCAAUGGCUCAAGGAUGAUACCCAGCUGGAAAUAUACAGUCCCUAUCGACAACUGCAGAGGUUUGUUUUGGUGACUUUCUACUAUGCUACAAAUGGCCAGGGCUGGGAUAUCAAUGAAAACUGGUUGUCUCAUGAUCUUCAUGAGUGCCUGUGGAAAACGAAGGGGGUGGGUCUGCAAGGUGAUGGGAUAAACCAACUGUGUGACCCUGACGGAAACUUCCUCUACCUCUAUUUGACAAAGAAUGGGCUCUCAGGGAGACUUCCCCCAGAGUUAGGCCUCUUGACCAAGCUUGAAGUUUUGAAUGUUGCCACAAACAGCAUCAGAGGGACCAUUCCAAGUCAAAUUGGACUCAUGACUUCUCUUAAAGAGCUUCUCAUGGAUUACAAUGAACUCACUGGGGAAGUGCCAACUGAGAUUGGAGAGUUGACUCGUUUGGAGUAUUUCUAUGUACACACCAACCCAGUGACAGGCACCAUCAUGACAGAAGUUGGUCUCUUGACCAACAUGAUUGAUUUUGAAUGGACAGACACAGUGACAAGAGGGACCAUUCCGACGGAGCUUGGUCUGAUGACCCAAACAACUGUCUUAUUCAUGUGGGCCAAUCUUCUGGAAGGCACGAUCCCAAGUGAAAUAGGAUCUAUGACCAAUAUGACUUAUGGCUUUGGGUUAUAUGGCCAAUCUUUGAUAGGAACCAUCCCAACUGAGAUUGGCAGGAUGACUGACUUAGAAUCCCUGUACCUUGACGCAAAUUUUCUCUCUGGCCAGAUUCCAAGCGAACUUGGCCGUUUUCACAAAGCAACAGAAAUGUAUCUAAAGGCCAAUGAUCUCCGGGGAGCCAUCCCAUCAACGUUCGGACUUUUGACAAGCCUGGUGGUGCUCGAUCUCUCCUCCACCAGCAUAUCUGGAAGCAUCCCUUCCGAACUUGGUGCAUUGACUACAGUGUCUUGGAUAAAUCUGGAUGCAACAAAUCUGGCUGGUGAUGUGCCAGCAGAACUGGGGAACUUGGGGAUGAAUGGUGAAUGUGAAAAGCUCAAACUGAAUGACACACUUGUUACGGGGGAGAUACCAAGUGGUCUUUGUGAUAUCUCUGAUUUGUCCUUUGAUUGCUCGGAUGACCUGUGUGGUUGUGAUUGUGUGUGUCACUUUGGGGCACAAGGCAGCGUGGAUGCAUCAGCCAGACACAGUGAAUCGGAAGAGGAUGAAACAGUUAAUGCACCCUAG